AUGUGAGGGAUAGUUUAUUCAGAAUAGACAAUUAAGAGUUAACAAACAUUCAUUUCUGUGGCGUGAAUGCUGCGGGGCAUCAAAGUGGUGAGGGAGGAACGCUGUGAUCAACCCGUUUGACACGGAGCAAACAGGUCCAGCAGGGAGGGGACCCUGGGGACGAGCCAAGAUUAGUUCAAUGAUUAUAGUUCGUAGCCUUUUUAAUUGACACAAAUUAGUAGAAUUCAUCCAAAGAAAACAUUAGAGCCAUGUCUCAUGUUGAUCUUAAAUAUGUGUGAAGUUUGCGACUGCGUCUUCUUGCGUGACAGAAUCUAAUCACGGCCAUCAGCUCUUGGCAAAGAACUCCGAACCUUCUGUGGUCGUCGACGUCGCCCGGAGCACAUUAUGCCAUGGUGACACACACACACACACACAACACCAGCGGCUCAAUCAAAGGAGCCGUCGUUCUGACGUCUUGUGGUCAACAUUCACGGCAGAUAUGAAAAUAAUAUUUUCUUUGAGAACGUUUGUGAUGUCCUGCAUACUUCAGGGCGUGGAGCUCAGACACCUGCAUAAAAAGAGAUGGAGAGAGACACUCGGCACCCACACCUGCCCGACAGACACUCGGCACCCACACCUGACGACAGACACUCGGCACCCACACCUGACGACAGACACUCGGCACCCACACCUGACGACAGACACUCGGCACCCACACCUGACGACAGACACUCGGCACCCACACCUGACGACAGACACUCGGCACCCACACCUGACGACAGACACUCGGCACCCACACCUGCCCGACAGACCCUCGGCACCCACACCUGCCCGACAGACACUCUGCACCCACACCUGCCCGACAGCCUGAAACAUCCCAGAGAUCCAUCUCGACCUCCGCCUGCGACGCUCCGUCACCCCGCUGCUCCACCCGACCUCCAGGGAGUCCCAUCAUGAAGACGGCUGCGCUGCUCUUCAUGCUGGCAGUUGCUGCCAGCCAGGUUGAGCUGGUUCGGUCCGAAGUUCUUGUUCAUGAAGGUGUCGUGGAUCUCAACGCGUGUCGCCCCUACUUUUAUGGAGUGGAAUACACGGAGGCACAAGUCCUGUUUCCGAACGAUGGCUCUUUUUCAUUGUGUUUCACAAACACUGUUUCUGUCCUCCAAGAGUGUUUUUUGGUGUCCGACGUUAGCGGUGCAAUCUUGGUGGAUUUUAGUUCCCCGCCGGUUUCAGAAGAAGUUACACCCUUUCUUCACAACGAACUACCAACUCUAACCGAGACGGUAGAAUGCCUCGCUUUCUUCCCAUUACAGAACGUCGAUGGGUGGGACAUGAUCACAAUCUAUCUGUACAAAUUGGGUACACAAACAGCUCUUUUUAUCGAAAUAACUGACAACUUUGCUCCAACUAGUUUGGUCGUGACGACAACGAUCGGUGAAACAACUUUAGAUUCAUGGGAUCUUGACACCAAUAUGGAUUACUACUUUUACGUGGACAUCAGCGGAUGCAGAUCAGCAGGUCUCGUUGUCCCACCGACAAUCGACGACGCUGCCUGCACCUCCACGUGUCCGGUUGUAGACAGUGGCACAAACCCAGAAGACAUUGUCACGGGAUGUAGUUCUUCAGAGAUCUGCAUGGGAAACAACGAGUGCUUGCCGCCCACUCCCGUGUGCACGGUGAUCGGCUCCACCGUCAUCGAUUACUUCAACACGGUCCACUCCGUCCCUGACAUGUGUGCUUACACGCUGGUGGGGAACGAAGAAACCGAAGUCUCCGUGGCUUUCCAGGAGCGACACCUUGAAGAUGUGCCAUAUUUAACCAACGUGAUCGUCUUCAUGAAUGUUGCAUCGAAAACGAUCAAUCUGGGACCGGGUGGCGUCGUCUGGGUCGGGGAGGAGAUCCUGGAGCUCACCUCCACGCCUCAGACGCUCCACGGCGUGGAGCUCUCCAAGGACGACACCGGAGUGACCCUCAAGACGCCUUUGACCAACACGGUAGUCCACUUCGACGGGGACACCGCGCACGUGACAGGAGGAGACGCAGGAAUGUCUGGCCUGUGUGGCGACCCCGAGACUGACUCUGAAACCCAACUCGAAGUGGAGGAUACGGUCGACUCAUAUAAUUCUGCGUCUGGCUGCGCCGCCUCCCAGAGCACAGAUGUGGCCAGCACGACGAACUGCAGCGCCUCAGAUGACUACUGUGAUCUAAUGUCUCAGGCCUCCUUCGAGGACUGUAACCACCUCGCCCCGCUGCCCUUCAUAGCCGCAUGCAAAAGCAACGCGUGCAAAUACGCGGAGGAGGAGCGGCCGGUGGACUACCUGGCCUGCCAGUACCUGGAGGCGUACGCCAAGGCCUGCUUCCUGUCCACCGGCACCACGCUGGGGGACUGGAGGUCACCGGCCGGCUGCUCUGCGACCCGUCUGGCCUCCUGUCUGAGCCAGGACUGCAGUGAUCACGAGUUCUGUGCCGGUGAACCCGUCUGCUUCUGCCGGGCCUCUUUCAACCAUCCGAGAGACGACUUUGUAUCUUCAGCCGGGCUGGCAGUCUGCACGAUGGGCUCCAUGGAAGUGACACUGGUCGAAUGUCUCCUGUGGGAAAAUGGCAUCGACCCCUCGACCUUGAACCUCAACGACGAGGACUGCAAAGGGGUCUCGGACCCAGAGAGCCACAUGAUGACGUUCAGCGCCGCGGGGGACACCUGCGGGACGGAGGUCACGAAGAACGACGGCCGCGUCGUCUACAGGAACGUCGUCUUGAUGGGGGCCAAACCCGUGGCUUCGCUCGUCACUCGCGAACAACUGGUGGAGAUCGACUUCUCCUGCUCCGUCGGACCGCCGGAGACCCAGAGCGUGACUUUCAGAAUCAAAGACGGCUCCGUGUUCCAGACCGUUGAAGAUGAAGAGUUGAGUUACUCCCUGACGAUGAGCGCCUACACCGACGCCGGCUUCGCCUCCAUGGUGGACAGCAACACGGAGCUCGAGCUGAACCAGAGGAUCUGGCUGGAGGUCACGACGCAGGACCUGGACGAGGACACGGUCGCCGUGGUGACCGACUCCUGCUGGGUGACCAACGACGUGGACCCGACCGCCGCUCCGGCAUACGACCUGGUUAUCGACGGAUGCCCGAACCCCGCCGACCAGACGGUGGAGAUGGUGGGAAACGGAGUGGGCGUGUCCAACUCCUUCUCCUUCCUCGUGUUCGCGUACACAGCGGAAAAUAAGAGUUCUGAAAUGUACCUGCACUGCAACCUGGUGGUGAGCCCCAAGAGCACCCCUCCUCCGUCCUGCGGUGCCGCAAGGAAACGCAGAUCUGCCAGGCCUGGAUAUGCACAGGGAGGCCACGCCUCCCCGAGGUCUGGACCCAUUAGGGGAAGACACCUCCUCCCCUUUUGAUCAUGGUGAUUCCUGACUUUAGCCGGAGCCUGAAAUGGAAUAUAAUCUUGGGUGAAACAAUAAAAGUGAAGAGUGCAAUGAAGAAGAUGAUAUGAAGAAGGGUUUAAAGGGUUUUAUUUAGCGUAUGCAUAACUUCUGGGUACUGUGGGUUCAUUUGGAAUAUAUAUAAUUCCGUCUGUAGUGUACUGUCAGCUACGUCAAGUGUGAGCAGCCGGGUGUUAAACAGAAAGAGAAUAUCUGUGUUUUAUUGACAGGAAGUAGGAAGCGGAGAGUCUCCAGGUGAACUUGGUUAAAAGAUAUCACCAACUGAUGACUCACCAGGAGACAAUCAUUUGUUGUAUUACACGUUUUCUUAAAUUCUAUAUUCAAAUUUACAAAUUAGUUAUCAUCUAAAGGUUACUUUUGGUGAAUGUGAGGAAUCAACACAAAUACACAAAGUCGUAAAAUAAAAACCUGAAUCUGUA